UGCUGCCUUCCUAAAACUUUCGACGCCGCCCAAGUUCGACCAUUCGGUCCAGUUAUAGAAUAUUCCCACCCAGGUGCACUUCUGUCCGAAGACCCUGAAGAAAUCAUGAAAUCGGGGAGGUGUCAUCAGAUUCCGAUAAUCUUUUCGGUGAUAUCGGCUUCUUGCAUGGAAUCCAAAAAACUGCACGCCUCUUCAAACUGCAUGGCACAGCGCCCAUCUACAUGUACAGGUUCAGUCUAGAAGGUCCUUUGAACACCUUUAAAAAACUCUGCGUCACGAACCACCCAUACAUAUUGCUGACAACUCUAGUGCUGGGAAUAAUACCUGGAUGUAGCAGAUUCUUCACAUUCCUUUCGAAGAAACUUUCUGAUAGUGAUAUCGUAGGAGCAGCUCAUGCGGAUGAAAUAUCACAUCUAUUCAAACCAUUGGUGAAUUUACCCAUAGUUGAAGGUAGUGAGGAAGACAGUUACGUGAAAAAAUUGGUGAAACUUUGGACCAAUUUUGCCAAGUUUGGUAAUCCCACACCGAAAAAAGACGUUACUCUUGAUAACGUUAUAUGGGAACCCGUCAAAAGUGACAGGUUGGACAAUAUAUGCGAUAUCAAUAAAACCGUCACAAUAACGGAAAAUUUUGAAAGUUUAAGAGUUGCGUUCUGGGAUAAUAUGUACAGAAAUUUCUCUGCUUAGAGGAAGCAUAAUGCAGUGAAGUCAAAUCUACAUCUAGUCGUGGUGUAAAUCGUUGAUUCUUGCUGUUGAACCAAUGCACUACUCAUGGAUUCUCUGAAGAUUGGAGUAUCAUCAACUUACUACGUUAAUUUAGUAGAUAUAGAAGCAAUAUUCUCUGGUUCUCCCAAUGGGUGAUUAGUAGCAAUUUUACUAGCAUUGUGUUUUCGUCACUGUCAGUGACAUAUUUUUGUUAAGGAUCGAAUAUAUGAAAGAAAAUGCCAACAUAAAAUAGUUUAUUUCU